AGACCCCGCCCUUCUGCUCGCACGCUUCUCGGCUUCUCGUUCUUGGAAGUUCAGUUCUCGUGCUCGCUGUCUCGGUGGUUCUGGACGUCAUGUCGCUGACGGUGAAGAAGCUCCAGGUGACUUAUAACCCCAUCAACGAGAAGAACACGUUCACGAACGGGGACGUGGUGUGCGGCCAGGUGACGGUGGAGGUGGCCAAAGACUGCCAGCUGGACUCCCUGUACAUCAAGUUCAAGGGGAAGGCUGAAGUUCUGUGGACGGAGAGGCACGGCAAGACCACCAGUGUGUACCACUCCAAGGACAAGUACUUCAGCGUCAGACAGUACUUCAUCCGAGACAAAAACGCCAAGGAUGACAAAUCAUGUGUGCUGACAAACCAGCAUUCAGACUCCUAUUCCAAUGUUUUGGCUCCAGGAAUCCAUAUCUACCCAUUCUCCUUUCAGUUUCCUCUCCAGAAUAUCCCCUCCUCCUUCAAAGGUGCCGACGGUAAAAUUGUGUAUUUGCUGGAGGCCAAGCUGAGCAGAUCCAUGAGAUUAAGCAAGACUGAGUCGACUACGAUCGACUUUGUGGCAAAGCCAGAUCUCAGCCCCGUCUCUGGGUUGAUGACACCACAGCAUGAGUUCAAAGACAAGAAAAUGAAACUUUUCACCUCAGGAAAGGUAGCCAUGGAUGUGAAACUUGAGAAAUCGGGCUUCUUCCAAGGGGAAGGGUUAAAAGUGUUACUGUUCGUCAAGAACGAUUCAUCCCGUGAGAUCAAGCCCAAGUACUGCAUAUACAGAAAGCACAGCUUCUUUGCACGGGGGAAGAGAAGAAUCCACACUAAAGACCUCAUUAAGGAGGUGGGGGCACCCAACCCCCCGUCAACUUCAGAAAACGUCACGCAGAUCCUCACCAUCCCUCACGAUGUGGAGCCCUCCAUCCUCAACUGCAGCAUCAUCAAAGUAGAACACAGACUCAGGGUCUACCUUGACGUUAAAUAUGACUCGGAUCCAGAGAUCAAAUUUGAUAUUGUCAUCCUGCCAAGCUGUCAAGUCCCUGAUGUGGCAACGGCACCACCAGCUGCUCCGGGGUUUGGAUACGAGCCGUUUGGGAAUCCAAACCCUCAAGUUUGGGGCUUUGCAGCUCCACAAGCACCACCAGCAGCACCUCAGCCUUCUGAUUUUCCUCCUUCUUACGGAACAUAUGCAGUAUACCCUCCGCUGAAUGAUUUUUCUAAAAAUUAAAAACUGAGUAAAGAUGAUCGUUGGAGAUUUUAAGAAACAGAAUAAAAGUAAAUAAAAUUAUAUUGGACUUUUGUAAAGACAUUAAGUUAAAGGAUUAUUACUU